CUAGUGGGGCCCGUUCCCGACGGGACCCACUGAAUUUUGAAGGGCGAGCAGAUCCAAUUGAGGUGAUCUUUUCCCAUCAACGAAGCUCCAAGUCACCACCAUCCAGCGACAACCCCCUGACUCACCCUAAGUGUUGCGACACACCCAGGCAAUACCAGCACACCGGUCAAAACCCCGCAGUCCAUCAUGCCGAAACGCAAACGGGACGAGUCUGUCGAUGCCCUCUUUUUCCGCUAUCGCACCGACCUCUUCCACGCCCUGAAAACCGCCAAGGGCUUCGAACGCCAGCGCCAGUCCAAGCGCCUGCAUGACCCCGCGACGGACGCCGACAAGCGGGCGCGCAUCGAGAACGAGGUGGUCGUCCUCAAGUCACUCGACCUGCACCAGACCGCCCACGCCCACCUCUGUUCGUCGCUGCUCAAGAUUAAGGCCGUGGCUGAGUCGGACAGGCUGCCCAACGAGAUCAAGGCUAGUGUUCCUAAGCCGGAUCUGACGGACGAGGAGAAGGCGCUGUUGCAUAAUGUCACCAGCUCGUUGUUUAACCGGGCUGAGGUGAGAGGGGUGGUGGAGAAGGCGGUGGAGGCCGUGUGUAGAGCGCUAGGGGUGCCGGUGCCGGAGAAGAGGGGGAAGGUGAAGAAGGACAAGGAGGCGAAAGAGGGCGGGAAGAAGGCGGGGAAGGGUGAUAAGGUGAAGGAUGGGGCGGAGGAGAAGGAAAAGAAAAAGAUUUGGGAAAAGGUCGAUCAUAUCGACCAAGCUGUGGGCGGAGAAGUUGCUGACGAAGAAGAGAAGGCUAUUUCCCAACUUGACCAGCUGUUGGGACUAGACUCCGGCGAGGAGAAGGACGAGGACGAAGAAGUAGUCUUGAUCAAGGGCAGGACUAGGAAACCAACACGCGCUGAGUUGGACCCAAUGGAAAUCACAACCGAUGAGGAGGGGGAUGAUGAAGACGACGACGAGGACUUAGAUCCGAUGGAGAUUACCGAUGAGGAGGAAGGGGCCGGCAGCAGCGAAGCCGAAUUCAACGGUUUCAGUGACCCAGACGAAGAGGCCCAGCAGAGCUCGGCCAGCGACGACGAGGAUGCCUCCGAUGCGGAGGGUUCUGCUUCUUCCGUCUCCCGUUCGCCACCAGCAAAAAGAGUCGCAACCUCCAAAAAGACGACGGGGGGCCUCAAACCCACAGAUUCUACCUUCUUGCCGUCACUUAUGGGCGGCUAUAUCUCUGGAUCGGAGUCGGCAUCGGACGUCGAUGUCGCUCCCCAAUCACGCAAGAAUCGCCGAGGACAGAGGGCGCGGCAGGCGAUCUGGGAAAAGAAGUAUGGGAAUAAGGCAAAGCACCUGCAGAAGCCUGCCAAUGGCCGCGAUGCAGGAUGGGACCUUAAGCGUGGUGCAGUCGACGGGGACUCAAAGCCAUGGAAACGCGGUAUCCGUAACCCCUUACUGGACAAAUCGAGGGGUUCAGGGGCGAACGAAACGGAGCUCGGUCCACCCAAGAAAGAACCGCCGCCGAGGAAGCGGGAUGACGCUGGCCCGCUUCAUCCCAGUUGGGAGGCGAAGAGGCUGGCCAAGGCGAAGCAACAGACAGCUGCAUUUCAAGGGAAAAAGAUCACGUUUGACUGA